GUCUCCAUCCAAUAGUGAACCGCUACAUUGUACUGGCACGCGGUGUCUCGRUUCGCCCUUUUUCAUUCCCGUUAUUUUGUUUUUGCGUUUUGUUAAUUUAUGUUCGCUUAUUAUAUUCGGCAAAGAAAAAAUAAACAAGUUGACCUGACGGAAACCCAUUAAACAUAUAUAAGCGUGAACAUUGAAGUUAACUGGAUUAAAAAAAAUGGUGAGAGUUAUUGGCGAAUGAUAAGCAAGAGCGGAUCAUCAAAUUCAGGACUUUUUGGGAGAUAUAAUGGGAGCGUGCGGGUAGCAUUAUAACUAAUUUAUUGGAGCAGAUCAUCAAAUUCAAUGUAAAGUUGGGAAGUCAAAACCCCGAAAGAAGAAAGUGGGAGCCUCCGCCCGGAGCGAGGAGGAGAAGGAGAGGAUGAGGAGUCAUGACGUCUCGAUCGUCMCUGGCAUCUGACUUUUUAAGGCCACUGUUCUACUUUGCUGCUGUGAGGUAGAACAGCCCAACUCUGCCCGGGAAGCUGUGAAUGWCAGAAGAAUAGGCUGCCCCUGUGAAGCCUUCUCCUUUUAAUGGAUGCCCAGGUGGCCCUGCUGCUCGUAUGGACAGGUCUUGUCCUGCUGACAGCUGAAUUGAAGUGGAUUGAUGCUGCAGAGAUCUACACCAACACUUGGGCUGUCCAGAUCAAUGGGGGCCUGGAGGAGGCUGACCGCAUCGCCAAGGAACAUGGUUUUAUCAACCAAGGCAAUGUUUUUGGAGAUUAUUAUCACUUCAGGCACUAUGCUGUGGAGAAGAGGGCAUUGUCAGGCCACAAUGGGAUGCACAUCAAACUGCAAAAAGAACCACAGGUCCUGUGGGUGGAACAGCAAGUGGUGAGAAAAAGAAAGAAGAGAGACACCUUUGAAGGCCCCACAGACCCAAAUUUUCCUAAGCAGUGGUACCUGUCCAAUCCAACACAUCAAGACCUGAAUACCAAAGCAGCCUGGACCCAAGGCUACACAGGAAGAGGUGUAGUGGUGACCAUCUUGGAUGAUGGCAUAGAAAAAGACCAUCCUGACCUCUUCAGCAAUUAUGAUCCUGAUGCAAGCUAUGACGUAAAUGAUGGAGACGCUGACCCCCAACCGAGAUACACGCAGCGAAAUGAAAACAGACACGGGACCCGGUGCGCAGGAGAAGUUGCAGCUGCAGCCAACAACGGAGUGUGUGGCGUUGGUGUGGCCUACAAUGCAAGAAUUGGAGGAGUUCGUAUGCUGGACGGGGAGGUGACAGAUGUGGUGGAAGCUCGUUCUCUUAGUCUAAACCCCCAGCACAUCCACAUUUACAGCGCCAGCUGGGGCCCAGAGGAUGAUGGCAAGUCUCUGGACGGUCCUGCCAAACUGGCCAAGGAAGCUUUUCUCCAAGGAAUAACCAAGGGACGCAGCYGACUGGGCUCUAUUUUUGUCUGGGCCUCAGGCAACGGUGGCCGAGAACAGGACAGCUGCAACUGUGACGGCUACACCAACAGCAUUUACACCCUGUCCAUCAGCAGCGCCACGGAGUCGGGCAACGUGCCGUGGUACAGCGAGCCCUGCUCCUCCACUCUCGCCACCACAUUCAGCUCUGGAAACCCAGGAGAGAAACAGAUAGUGACCACAGACCUGAGGCAGAAAUGCACUGAUUCUCACACAGGGACAUCUGCUUCUGCCCCACUGGCUGCUGGGAUCAUCGCUCUGGCUCUGGAGGCAAAUAUGAAUCUWACCUGGAGGGACAUGCAGCACCUGGUGGUCAGAACGUCCCAGCCCAGGCACCUCAUCGCCGGAGACUGGAAGACCAAUGGUGUGGGUCGGAGAGUGAGUCAUUCAUAUGGUUACGGUCUCCUGGAUGCUGGGGCCAUGGUGGUAUUGGCACAGACCUGGACAACAGUGGGGCCGCAGCACCAGUGUGUUCACACGAUGCUGACAGAAUCCAGAGACAUCGGAAACAAGCUGGUGUUCAGCAAAAGCGUGGAUGCCUGCUGGGGACGACCGGAGUACGUCCGAUCUCUGGAGCACGUUCAGGCUCACCUCACUCUUUCCCACAGCCAGAGAGGAAAAUUGGCCAUUCAUCUCGUCAGCCCACUGGGCACGCGUUCCACCCUGCUGUUCCCAAGACCCAAUGACUACUCCUCCGAGGGGUUCAACGACUGGGCCUUCAUGACCACCCACUCGUGGGACGAGGACCCUCAGGGAGAGUGGACGCUAGAAGUAGAAAACGUGGCGGCGAACGAGCGGGACCACGGUGUGUUGAGUCAGUUCACCCUCACCCUGUGGGGCACCGGACCGAGCGUCGUCAACCCGUCCUCGCCUGACUUCCCUCGACCUUCCAACAACAGCUGCAAGACGUUCGACGCGCAGCAGAUCUGUAUCGAGUGCAGCCCUGGCUUCUCCCUUUUCCUCCAGGGUUGUGUGAAGUUGUGUCCUCCGGGUUUCACGUCAGGACAGCAGCUCCUCAACCUGUCUCUGGAGAACUGGGUGGACCUGUCCUCCGUGCAGGCCUGCCUGCCCUGCAGCCCCGCCUGCCUCACCUGCUCCGGCACGGGCCCUACAGACUGCCUGUCCUGCCCGCCUCACAGCCACCUGGUCCUCACUUCCUGCCUGCACCAGAACCAGGUCCAGCGCAAGUCCCCCGCCACCGUCGGACCACGGGGCCAAGAAGCCGAGCAGGAGGACAAAAGCUCGGCGGCGGCGGCGGAUGACAGCAGCGGAGCAGCUGAGGAGAUUCCAGGGCUCGAUGUAGCCCCACCCACUCAGCUGCUCGUCAUCGUGGUGGUUCUCAGCUGUGCCUUCAUCCUGGCCGCCUUCGUCGGGGUCUUCUUCUUGCUGCAGUUGCGCUCAGGCCCCGCCUCCGUGGCCUGGAGGACCAAACUGCGGUCUGUGCUUUCAGAGACGAGAGGGACGCGGGUGGGCUUUGGUUCGAGCUUCGACCGGAGACGGGAGAGGAAGGCUCGAAUCUGCUACAAGGGGAUCCCCACUGUGUGGGCAGACGAGGACAUGAUCGUCCACGAGUCUGAAUCAGACAGCGAAGACGUGGACGGUCACAGCGAGAGGACAGCGUUUAUCAAAACACAGAGCUCGAUUUAGCUGAAGCUGCUUCAGCUGCUGUGGGGUGUGACAUCAGAGCUGAUCCACUGAACACAGGCCUUACUGUCACAUCAGCACACCAUCCAAAAUCAAGCUUCACGUAUUUAUUUACAAAGUUUUCAUUUAUCUGUUUAUCUUGGAUGUAUUUAUAGUUUCUGUCUCACCAAUAUGUGGUGUCAUGCAACUAUUUUCCUCAUUUUGAGCCAAUUUCUACUCACUCUUCUUGAAAAACUGACCCUCUAAUUUAAAACCACACGUUAAAGAGUUCCAGCAUUUCAACUCUACAAAUAAUAAACUGUUUAGUUCCCCUAAUGUAAAUUUAAAAGAACAUGCCCACAAACCCUAAACUACAUAUCGUCACCUUCCCGAAAUAACCUCCUACUGUAUGUCAUUUUCAAAUCAACUUUGUUGCAUAAAUUAUGUCCUCGUGAUGUUGACCAGUGCUGGUAAAACUAUGGGAUAAAUCUUGUGCCAACAGGAAUUGAAUUUGAAUUGCUCAGAUUGAAUCUCAAUGUGCAUAAUUUCAAAUUGAAUGCAGUGGUUUGAAAAUAACUUUCACUACAUUGAAACUGAAUUUAAAGUUUUGAAUUUGAAUUAAUUUGCUUUGAAAUUGUAUUUUGGUCUAUUAAAAAUCAAGU